AGGGUGCUGUUGCCGCGGUUAAUGGGAUAACGUGGACGCUGCCUCCUUUCCGACGCAUAUUAAGAACAAACUAGUACUUUUUCUUCAAACUCAACUUAAUAUUCCUCACAUCUGUUAUCGCGUUAAAGAGCAAUUUGAUCGAUUCCGGGGGAGGUUUUGUUCUCCCACAGAAAGACUGCACGCUUCUUUUAAAAGCGUAUUAACUGGUUAUUUAAAUAUCGUCAAGCAGUCAGGGGGCACAUUAAGCGAGAAAUAUGUUGCGAAUUAGCACUUUAAAAAAAGCUCAGCCAAAACUGGGUUGUUUUUUUCGUUCGGUUACAACUUUUCUAGAUUAGUUUACGAGCUUCCUACCCAUAGAUUUAUUCCAAUAUGCAACGUUUCAGUGUCAAUAGAAUUGUCUGUAUUCUGUGUUUCAGUUUCGUAUCAAUUCAUUCACUAAUGAGGUGUUUAAUUACUUAUAGAACUCGAUAAACAAAAAAUAACGAGUCUCUCGACAUUUGAGAUAUUGGGGACCCUUUUUGCAAGAUUAUCCGGUGAUUAUGUUUUAUGAUAUUGCAAUUGGCGAAGCUUUCGAUUGAAAAUUAGCAUUUUUGUUUAAAUAUAAUUUACUUUCCUCAUUUGGGAACAAUCUGCUAUUUAAAUGUCUCACUCUGCCUGGUCCACGGAUGCCUUUCACAAGGAGAUUAUGUCGUGAGGAUAUGAAUAUGUAUUGGGCAGGUUUGUUGGCUCAGCGGGAGUAGCAAAUAAAUUUAGUACUUUCUUUUCAUAAUUCCUUUCAAACGAGGAAAAUGUCAUUGGAAUCUCGGAAAAUUGUCUUUUAAUUAGCCUGUGUGCAUUGCACCCACACAAUAGCAGCCCAAAUCCUUCAGCAGUGUAUUCAAAAGAGGCGGUCGGUAGCCGCAAUCAACGGCGACACCUCCUUUGUGGAAACGCCAUUGUGAUUGCUUGCUUAUCGAGUUUAAUCCAAUCAUAAAUUGGUCUAAUGGGCCAAUCGCCGAGCCAGAAAGUGCGAGUGAAAGGAACUCGUGUGGAGAACUUUGUUGAACUUCAUUGUUGCGAGCCGUCACCUCUCAAAAGACUUAGCGAGGCUGACCACUAUAAAACGCACCGGGCAGGAGGAAGUGCCCGGAGAAAAGUAGAAACGUGUUGGAGGUGGUAGUCGGAUCUUGCUGAGUAGGGGGGAGGUGGUAAAGAAGCUCUUUGCUGAAUAGGAUUGAUUGGGACUUCUCUCUUUCUUCCUCUCUCUCUCUCUCCCUCUCUCCUCUCUUUUCCUCGCCGCUGCAGAUAUGAUGUUCCCCAGUGUUAUGGCGCCUUCAGCCAUGUACCCCGGGCUCCUGAGGCCGACCCCGACACUGACUCUCCCCCAGUCUCUCCAGUCUGCCUUCUCCUCGCACGCCAUGGGGGCCAGCUUCUUGGUGGAGGACCUGCUGAAGAUCAGCCGGCCUGUCAGCUACCUGCCCCGCUCCGUGGCUCCGUCAGCCUCCGAUGCCGCCACUGCCCCAAGCCCGGCCACGACAGAACGACACCGCACCGCCAGCCCCGUCACCAGCGGGAUAUGCGCCUCUCACUCCUCCAUCUCGCCAGCCAACGAGUCCAAUUACCUCAAGUUUGGGGUGCACGCCAUCCUCUCGUCGACCCCAAGAACUGAAUCCUCGCACCCUUUGAUCCAGGGGAUCUCGCCGAAGGCUUUCUUCCCUUACUUCGAAGGUUCUUUCCAGCCUUUCAUCCGCUCCACGUACUUCCCAGCUUCCUCCUCUGUGGUCCCCAUACCUGGCACCUUCUCGUGGCCUCUCGCAGCCCGGGGCAAACCCAGGAGAGGGAUGCUCCGCCGAGCCGUCUUCUCCGAUGUCCAGCGGAAAGCGCUGGAGAAGAUGUUCCAAAAACAGAAAUACAUCAGCAAGCCAGACCGACGUAAACUGGCAGCCAAGUUGGGACUGAAAGACUCUCAGGUGAAGAUUUGGUUUCAGAACAGAAGGAUGAAGUGGAGAAACUCGAAGGAGAGAGAACUGUUGUCCGCCGGCGGUUGCCGCGAACAGACUUUGCCCACAAAGUUGAACCCUAAUCCCGACCUCAGCGACGUUGGGAAGUCCUCCCCCUGUAGCCUGCAUUCGGGAGACGAGGAGGAGCUGGGGUGCAGGGACAGUCCCAAGUCACCCCUAUGCCAAUCCCCGGACUACAAGCGCAUUGACACACACCUCCGUCUAAUCUCACACCAACUCGCCGCCGACCAACACACGUACUUCUCCGAAGAGGAAGACGGCGAGGAAGAAAUAACCGUUUCAUAAACUUAACUGAACGACAUUUCGUUCAGACCGUAAGGUCUGAAUGACAAAUAAAUAAAGGAUCUAAUUAACCUCGGAUUAUUUCGCCAAUGGACAUGGACAUUCCUUGCAAGGGACUUAAAUCUACAGUUGAAUCUGUUCAUCAAUCAGUGGACAGUCUCAGCGAUAUGUACACAGUUUUUCUUUUGUACAAAAUGUGUGUUGAAUGAAUAUUUUAUACCAAGAGUAUUAUGAAUGACUAUACGUAUAGUUUGAUUAGAUUCUAAUUAAAAACAUUGCCAACCGUUUAAUGACUUAACUGGAAACUGUAGACUCAUAACUUAUAAAGAAUUGUUCUUUUUAAAAAAAAAGAUUUUGUAUGCAGUGUAUAGAUGCAUAAUGUUUAUAUCUUAAAUGUUUUGUAUAAUACCAAAUAAAAGUAGGCAUUAUGAGACGUGGUCGCAACAAUGAAAA